AUGGAAUCCAGAAGAAACCUUCAACGCGUUAUCAAAGUCACGUUCAAUGGCAUGAGGUCUCGCCAGCUCUUCUUGGCUGAAAGAACCGGCGAGGCUGAUGUCAAGGAGGGACCGAAGAAAAAGCAGCAGCAGCAGCAGCAGCAGACAGCAUACGGACGAAGAAGCUUCCUUUGCGACUUGAAUUGA